GCGUAUACCUGUCAACUGACCCAAGAUUAACUUCAAUCAUUCAAACCCACCCUCUUGUUUUCUCUCUCCUCAUUCGUUCCCCAUAGUUGAAAUCACUCAUUUUUUUGUUCAAAUUCUGUAAUUUCUGAAGCCGAAUUCAUCUCUUAUAGUUGCGAUGAAUCCCGAAUAUGACUAUCUCUUCAAGCUUUUGCUGAUUGGUGACUCUGGAGUGGGCAAGUCAUGUCUUUUACUUAGAUUUGCGGACGAUUCGUACCUGGACAGCUACAUAAGCACCAUAGGAGUCGACUUUAAAAUCCGCACUGUGGAACAGGAUAACAAGACCAUAAAGCUACAAAUUUGGGAUACUGCAGGCCAAGAACGUUUCCGGACAAUUACAAGUAGCUAUUACCGUGGAGCACAUGGAAUUAUUGUCGUCUAUGACAUCACAGACCAAGAAAGCUUCAACAAUGUGAAACAAUGGCUUAGUGAAAUUGAUCGUUAUGCUAGCAAUAAUGUCAACAAGCUCUUGGUUGGAAACAAAAGCGACUUGACAGCCAAUCGAGCUGUUCCUUAUGAAACUGCUAAGGCAUAUGCUGAUGAAAUUGGUAUUCCCUUCCUGGAAACCAGUGCCAAAGAUGCUACCAAUGUUGAGCAGGCAUUUCUUACCAUGACAACAGAUAUAAAGAAUCGAAUGGCUACCCAACCAGGAGCGGGUACAGGCAAGCCUUCCACUGUGCAAAUACGUGGCCAAGCAGUGAAUCAAAGCUCGAGCUGCUGCACUUAAUUUGCUACCAUACCAGUCUGCAUUAUUGAAUGAAUAGCAGUAUUUACUUGUACAUAGAAAACAAUCUGAAGUUUAUUUUGGUUCUUCAUCAGGGGUCUUGCAUAAAACAAAAAAUAAUCGUCCAAAGGAGUUUAUAUAGUCAGACCUUGACCUGUAAUCUAAUUUGUGAAUGAUUUUAAAAGUUUGUAAAUUUCCUAA